AUGUGCGAACAAAAGACAAAGAGAUACGUCUGCAGCCGCUGCUCCAACCUCAUCUUCCUCGGCCCCUCCAUAAUCACCGAGUGCGAUCGGUACAGCUGGGGGAAACGCUGCGGCUGCCUCGAACAACUUGACAUCAUCAGAUGCGAGCCUGACCUCUGCAGCCGCUGCCCCUUUUUGUCCGCCGACAGCCCUCUUCCCUUUACCGGCAAGCCAGACGUUGCUCCUGGUUCGGCCCACGAUGUUGAAGAUUGCACCAAGUCCCACCAGAGCAAGAAGGUUCCAUAUGAGUAUGUUGGCAGCCCUGCUCUCGCAAAGACCAGAAAAAUGUACUUGGUUGGUGGAGUCGAUCCAAACCAGAAGGAGCGAGACGACAGACUCAACCGAGAGCUGGAUUAUUGGCUCACGAAGGAACUGGAGUUGAUGAAUAUGAGGGAUCCCAGCGGAGGGUCUGUUCAAGAGAUCGAGGACGAGCCCAAAGAGGAAUCGAAGGACGAACCCAGGGAUCAACCAAAGGACGAACUCAAGGACGAACUCAAGGACGACCUCAAGGACGAACCCAAGACAGAUUCCAAGACAGAGUGCAGGUGCAUAUGCAAAUGCAAGGGCAUGUUCAAGAAGAAGUCAAAGGAUGAGUUCAAGGUGUCAAAGAUGGAGUCCAAGGAGGAAUGA